CAAGUCAACCAAACGUUUGGAGAGACCCCCCCUUAAACAAACAGACCGGCGGCCUCUGCUCAGACUACACUGACAGUCAUAUGCAGCUUGUUCCAGUUCCGCACCGGCGCACGUUAGGGUAACUAACAAAACAAAUUCGAAGUGAAAAAAUACAAAUACGGCAGACCGGCGAAGUCCUGCAUCGAUUUUUUUUUUCUCUCACUCCCUUUGCUGAGACUUCCAGGCUGGACAACCGAGGAUGUACAGGGAGAUACGGAUCGGGAAUGGUCAGCGAGCCGGAUCGAUGCUCUUAUCGGUGUAGACGACGCCGCCGCCGGCAGAGGCGCACCCCCACCAUCACACCCACGCAAACAAAACUGCUUCUUUUUCGCAUGAACCCUGUCAGGAUUCGGCUCCGCUCGUCGGUCGUUCCCCAAGAGUCAGGAUGAGGAAACCCAAAGUCACCCGGGUGGGUUUCGCCUUGUGUCUGGGGUGUUUCAUUAUGGUCCUCCUCUACUUUAACAGCAGCCUGAAGCCAGCCUCGGAGCCGGUCGGCGAAAGAAGCAGUGGACAGAAGUCGCGGAGGAGCCCUCUUCAGACGCUCUAUGAUGGCGACCAGGUGGAGUCAGCAAUACAGGCGAUCCAUCAGGGCCGACGAGAGGUGUUGGAAGAAGCCUGCCGCUCCUACACCCGCAAACGCAGAGUCCUCAUCCCCGAAGACCUGAAGCACGUCAUCGUGGACGACCAGCACGGCUUGCUGUACUGCUACGUGCCCAAAGUUGCCUGCACCAACUGGAAGCGGGUGCUCAUGGUUCUGACGGGCGUCACCGGGUCCCGCCGAGACCCACUGGCGAUCCCCGCCAACGAGGCCCACAUCUCGGGGAACCUGCGCACCCUGUCGGAGUACUCCACCUCACAGAUCAACCAGCGCCUGCGCUCCUACCUGAAGUUCGUCUUCGUCCGUGAGCCCUUUGAGCGGCUGGUGUCUGCGUACCGCAACAAAUUCACACGCAGCUACAACACCGCCUUUCAUAAACGAUACGGCACAAAGAUUGUGCGGCGGCACAGGCCAGACCCACAGCCGGAAGCCCUUGAAAGAGGGAACGACGUCUCCUUCGAGGAGUUUGUGUAUUACCUCGUGGACCCGGCGACCCAGCGCGAGGAGCCCUUCAACGAGCACUGGGAGCGGGUGCACUCGCUGUGCCACCCCUGCCUCAUCCACUACGACGUGGUGGGUAAAUACGAGACGCUGGAGCAGGACUCCCGUUACGUGCUACAGCUGGCCGGGGUGGAGGACCAGGUCAGCUUCCCCGCCUCUUCCAAGAGCACCAGGACUACCGGAGACAUGGCGGCCCAGUUCUUCCACAACAUCAGCCCCUUCUACCAGAAGAAGCUGUACAACCUCUAUCGCAUGGACUUCCUGCUCUUCAACUACUCAAUACCAGCCUACCUCAAGUUCAGAUGAGGCUGGGACAUUCGCUCAUCUAGGGACUGGACUAGAACAUGUGGAGCCGGGACUUUUGAAAUAACUUUUUUGAGAGGUUUCUCUCUGUGUGGGCCUUAUUACGGACACUGCAAGUACUGUUGAAGAUGUAUCUUCCAAAGUAAAUUCAUUUUUACAGACUGAAAAAAGUACAAACAGGAGAGGACGUUUAAUCACCACAUGACAAUAUUAUAUUUAACUGUAAAUGGGGAUCCAGCGGAUGUUGGUCACUGCCUUUUGAAAGUGUGAAAUACCAUUCAACUUUUGGUUUAAUUUAAUUUUGCCAUCUGCUGUUUUUAAGAGUAUAAUUCACACAUAAAAUGUAAUCUGCAUUAACUAAAUGACAGUAUUGAAAUAGUUUUCAGACAGCGAAAGUCUCCAAACAUACGUGCCUCUGAUUAUUUUCGACAACUUUUGUAAACUGUGACAUUGUGUAACAAUGACAUUGUCUUUAUUUAUUGUGUUAUUGACAAACCAAAAUAGAUCGAUAGUUUCUCUCACAAUUUUCCAAUAAAUGCAUUUCAGCGAGCGUUUGUUUACUUAAAUGUAAUAAAUAUUGGAUUGGUGAUCGGUUUGGAGGCAGCAUUCCUAAUACUUGAAACUUUACAGAUAUCCUUCAAAAUACAGCAAUUAUGACUUACA